AUGCGACAUACUGUCGUAACCUCUUUUUUGUGCAUUUUGCUAACUUCACAAGCGGUUUUGUCUACAGAAGAAACGAAAGAAAAAGAGAAACUUCCCAAGUGUGUACACGUGGAUCCUUAUGAGAACUUGGAAGAAUGGUUGGCUCUGAAAACUCCAGCAGAUAGGAAAUGCAAUCACACAUCCGUGAGAGAUGAACUUGAUGAAAAUGAAAUCAAAAAAUCUGAAUGGGGAAUCAAAAGUUUUGCAUUCGAUGCAUUAUCCUCUGAGAAGUUAGGUCCACUGAGAAAUGUUGGAAAACAAGCCCAUAAACUAUGUGAAGAAGAGAAAUAUGAUGCUUCAUUCUCUACAUCUGUAGUAGUUAUUCACCAUAAUGAAGCUCUUUCGACAAUUCUCAGAAUGAUAAACGGCCUUAUCGAAUUUACUCCCAAAUCUCUUCUCAAAGAAAUAGUUUUAUAUGAAGAUGCCUCAGAAGAAGAGCAUGUUCUCACAAAGCAUUUGGAAAAAUUCGCGAAGUUGAAGGGUCUCGAAGACAAAUUGAUCAUUCACAGAAGUGAAUAUAGACAAGGUCUGAUUCGUGCAAAGGUUCAUGCCUCAAGACUAGCCACUGGAGAAGUUAUUGUAUUCAUGGAUUCACAUUGUGAAGUUUCUGAAAGAUGGUUGGAACCCCUUUUACAACCAAUUAAGGAAGAUCCAAAGAGCAUCGCCAUCCCUGUCGUUGACCUGAUUAAUCCAGUUUCGUUCGAUUACUCGUCUUCAAUGGUUGCAAAGAGUGGAUUUGAUUGGGGACUUACAUUCAAAUGGAUCUAUCUUCCAUGGGAAUAUUUUGAGACUCCAGAGAACAAUGUCAAGCCAUUCAACUCUCCUGCCAUGCCUGGAGGUCUUUUGGCAAUGAAAAGAGAAUAUUUUAUUGAAUUGGGAGAAUACGACAUGGGAAUGGAGAUUUGGGGAUCCGAGAAUAUUGAACUAUCCCUCAAAGCAUGGCUCUGUGGUGGACGUGUUGUUGUUGCUCCAUGUUCUCGCGUCGGUCACGUCUUCAGAAUGCGUCGUCCGUAUACUUCUAAACCUGGAAUGGAUACAGCUCUCUACAAUGCUGUUAGAGUUGCCAAGACUUGGCUUGGAGCCUAUGAGAAAAACUUCUUUGCUGCUAAGCCACGUGGAUUGAAGAUUGUAUUUGGAGAUAUCAGUGAGAGUAUCAAAGUGAAAGAUCGUCUGAAGUGCAAGGAUAUGAAAUGGUUCAUUGAGAAUGUCUAUCCGGAAUUGGAACCAAAGGUUCAUGAUGAGCUCUAA